AUGACACAGGUGCAGGAGAGUGGGUGUCUGAGGCUGCACCUGACGCAGCUCAAAGCGGCUCCUGCCUUCAGCGGGCUGCACGCCCACACUGGUAUGUGGAGACAGAGUUGGAAAGUGUCGGGAUGUGGACAUGGCGUUCCUGAUCCUGGAGGCGGGCCUGGGGUCUGGAGGCUGGGACCCCAAGAGGCCGUGGCCCAGGAGCGGUGGAAACUGGGAGAAGAGAAGAAAGCACUUGAGAGAUUUAACAGCUCCAGACUGAAUCUGGAGACUCUGGCUGACUUGGAGAAGGUUCAAAGAUGGGGAGAGAGGUGACUGAAAUGCAGAGUCCCCCCUAGGGCACGUGAGCCCAUGGUUAAGCCGCAGCCCCAGGCCCAGCUGGAGUCUGUGGACCUGGAGAUGCUCCUGAAGGCAGCCGCCGAGAGCCAGGAGGCCCUGAUUGGCAAGUACCUGAUAGAUGGAAGGGACCCCAGUGCCCAUGACAAGCUGCACCACGCCACCUUGCACUGGGCCUGUCCGAAGGGUCAUGGCCAGCUCGUGACCAAGCUGGUGGAGGCAGGUGCCACUGUGGACGCUUGCGACUUGCUGGACAGGACGCCGGUGUUCUGGGCCUGCUGUGGACGACACCUGGACAUCCUCAAACAGCUGCUUAACCAGGGAGCCCAGGUCAACGCCUGCGACAGGAUCUGGAGCACCCCCCCGCACAUGGCUGUGCACACGAGACACUGUGACUGCCUGGAGCAUCGUCGCAUGUGGACCCACACUGAUGCCCAGGAUGAGGAAGGGGACACAGCUGUGCAUGAGGCUGCGUGGCAUGGCCACUACAAAGCCACGCAGGGGCUGCUGCUCUGUGUGGCCAAGCUAAAAGAACUGAUCCAGGGCCCUCGUUCCCAGGCUUCGGGGACCCCGGGGCAGCUGGUGCGAGACAGGCAGCGGGGCAUAUGGGAAGCACUACAGGCCCCCCACGGGACACCCUCGCACCCGCACCCUUCUGUGGUCCUCGUCCCUCUGGCCAGCCCCGCCCAGCAGGUGACAGAGGGUCAGCGAGGACUUGCUCCCCGCCACGCUGUGCUCCAGGAAGGGCUGACACGGGGAACCCCAGGGAAGCCGGACACAAAGUGGGUCCUCAGCAGCCCAGGUUGGAGCAACACCGAAGAGUCCUAA